AAUAAGUCAUAACAAGCUAGACUGUCUAAGAGUGAGCAUCAUAAACGAGUUAAGUAAAGUUAGAAAGAAUUAACGAGUUGAGCAUCCUGAGUGAAGCUGACAUCAGCAAGCAGACAUAAAGAGGAAGAUUGAAGAUAUUAGAUAAUCUCAAAGUAGAUAAGGCAAUCGAAACUAUCGAAUCAAUAAUUUACCAGUUCAAGACCCCAAAGUAUUCAUCUGGAAGAAAUAUGCCACGAUCAUUUUUAGUGAAACUUCGAGGAAAGAAAAGCCAUGAUAUUAAUAUAGAAAAAGAUACAACCUCUUAUGAACAAGCAGAAAGACAACGAAGAGAAAAAAUGACCAUUGAUUGUAAAGACGUUUUAAAACCACUAAACUUAAACCUUUUCCACCCCAUAUUUCCUUAUGAACAACGAAUGAACAGUCCUGUGGCGAAAAUUUUCAAUCCAUUAGAUAUAAGCUGGCCAUACUUAAACCCUGAAUUUUUCAGAAAUUCAUCUCAAAGUACUGUUGAUGUCCGUCGUAAUCCGUCAUCAAAUGUCAUCAUUCCUUCGCCAACUAGAAGUGAUGAAACAGAGCCUGUAGCUCUACCUCUAUUCUCAAGAAGUCAUGAUCUACCUUCUCAAGCACAAGAUCAGGUCUCUGAUGUGAAGAAUACUCAAGAAAAAAAGUCGAAACGUCGCAAAACCUUCCCCUGUAAUAUAUGUGGAAAAGUUUUCAAUGCUCAUUACAAUUUGACGCGUCACAUGCCCGUUCAUACUGGCGCCCGUCCAUUCAAAUGUAAAGUCUGUGGAAAAGGAUUUCGUCAAGCAAGUACUCUCUGUCGACAUAAGAUCAUUCAUACCAAAGAAAAACCACACAAAUGUAAAGAAUGUGGAAAAGCAUUUAACCGUUCAUCAACUCUCAAUACUCAUAUGCGUAUUCAUCUUGGUUAUAAGCCUUUCGUCUGUGAUAUUUGCGGUAAAGGUUUUCAUCAAAAGGGUAACUAUAAAAAUCAUUGUUUAACUCAUACCGGAGUUAAAGCAUUUCAAUGUCAUUUAUGUGGAAAAGCAUUUCAUCAAGUUUAUAAUCUUGCCUUUCAUAUGCACACGCAUGAAGAGAAAAAACCUUUUACUUGUGAAAAAUGUGGUAAAGGAUUUUGUAGGAACUUUGAUCUUAAAAAACACAUGAGAAAAAUACACGAUGUGUUGAACUCUUAGACGGAAAAGUAGAGUAAUGUAUUGCACGCACAGGGGCUAAACUAGAACGCUAAUUGGGGUUAAUAUUCAUAUAUUCAUAUAUUUCUUUUGUUGGCGAUUUUAAUUUCAAAAGAAAUCAGAAAGGUAGAGCUGAAUGUGUGAAUAUUCACCACCCAAUUAGCGUUCUAGUUUUGCCCCUGUAUACGCAAUUGCCUUUAUUUUAUCUAUUAGACAAUAUUGAUUGAUAUCAACAGAAUACAAUGGAAUAUUCCUAUAAUAUGGUCUCUAUAAUCGUUAUGCAAAAAAUAUAAAAGCAUACAAUAUGUUGUUAAUUUAGAUUUCUUAUCAAAAAGAUAUUAACGCACAUUUAAUGUAUACUUAAUAACAGUUUAAUGAUUACAUGGAAACGAAUGAUCAUAUAAAACAAAACCUUAGUUGACAGAUGCGCAUCAAUAAAGUUACAUCCAUAUUUAUUAAUCAAUAAAACAAUUUAUUUCAAA